AUGUUCUUGUCAUUGCUUACAAUCAUCGCUAUCUUUGGUAAUCUUCAAGGCAAGCCAAUUAUUAGUAGAAACGUAUCUGAUUGUAGCAUAACCGAAGAUGGAAUUCUUCAUUAUCGAGGCAAACAUUCAUUUACCAAAUUUGAACAUGAAUGCUUACCAUGGAUUGAUUUUCAAACGACGUCUAGUGACAUUGUAAAUGAAGCAAAUUUUUUCGAUGAUCAAUCUAUUAGAGCAGCAGAAAAUUAUUGCCGUAAUCCUAAUAUGAAUAUUAAUGGUCCGUGGUGUUAUGUUCAAGAUGAAGAUGAUAUUAGUAUGGAAGGAUGUGAUGUUUGUCGCAGUCUUUCUUUUCGACCAACACCAUCAAUUAAUGUUGAUAGUCAGGAAGAUGUAACUGUUGUUUCUAUAAACAAUAAUUUCUUUCACAAUGUUCGUGAUGAACUACGACGUUAUGGUGUUUAUAUUCGAGAAAAAAUCAUGGAAAUAAUUGAUCGUAUGAGACAAAAAUUUAGACAAAUCAAAACGUCAUUUUCUCAUUACUUCAAGAAAUAG